AUGUUCGGUCGAGCUGGUUGGUGGUGCUGCUGUCGGUGGUUGCAGCGGCCGUUGGGGUGUAUCCUCAGCAGCAGCCAAGGGUGUGGUGGUUUGCUGCUGGGUGUGCUGCAGCAGCUGCAGCAUCUGCAGCAGCUGCUGCAGCAGCUGCAGCAACAGUUGCAGCAGAUGAUGCCAGGGGAUUUGUUGCUGCGUUCCCGUCGCAGCGUUUCCCGCUUAUUUAGCCGCGGCCAUAGACAGCAGCAGCAGCAGCAACAGCAGCAACAGCAGCAGCAGCAGCAGCAGCUGCGCGUGCUGCUCGUCGGCCGCCGCUUCUCAGGGAAGACAGCCCUUGUCUAUAGACUCAAAUUGGGGGCCUUCAUACCCACCAGGCCCUCUGUCGGCAGCAACACCGAGUCGUUUGUGCUGCCGCCUGAGGGAGAGAAGGAGCUGUGGAGAGCAGCAGAAGGAGACAGCGGGGGGAACGAUGCGGCGCUGCUGGGAUCGUCUCCGCCUGAUGUAGAGACACCAGAGACAACCAGCGCCAGCAGCAGCAGCAGCCGCAGCAGCAGCAACAACAGCAACAGCAGCAGCAGCAGCAGCAGCAGCUCAAGACACAGAAACACACCACUGCUUGUUCAUAUAUGCGACGUUGCGGGAGGAGACGGAGAGACCCUAGAGUGGCAGGGGCUGCAGCGGGACCUAAGCGCAGCGCGUCACCCUGAAGAAAUUGAGGAUUUGCUGGCGCUGCCUGAGGAGGUGCAGCAGACGUGUCAGGUUGUGGGGUGGAGUGCUGUCUCCGGCUUAGGAGUUGCAGAUGUGCAGCAAUGGUUUGCUGCUGCUGCUGCUGCUGCUGCUGGGGGGGGCGCGGCCCCGGGCCCCCCACAUCCCGCAGCACGUGGAGAUGCCUAUACACCCGAGAGACCCUUCUUUGCUGAUCCCUUGCUGGGAAUUGCUGCAGCACGCAGCUCCGCUGUCUCUGCUGCUGCUCCGGUGUCUCCUCUCUCCUCACCGGGGGCGGCAGGAUUCACACACGCAGCAACACCAGCAGCAGCAGCAGCAGCAGCAGCAGCAGGAAAAAUUGCUGGCCCGCAGCGCCGACAUAUACCUCUGCAUGAGCAGCUGCAGCAGCUGCAGCAAAUGCAGCCAGACCAUCAGCAGCUGCAUCAGCUAGAGCCGCAGCAGCUGGUGCAGCGCCUACAGCAGCAGCACCAGCAGCUGCACCAGCUACAGGAGCAGCAGCGUCAGCAGCUUAAGCAGCUACAAGAGCAGCAACUGCAGCAGCAGCAGCUGCAACAGCAGCAGCUGCAACAGCAGCAACUGCUGCAACAGCAGCAGCUGCUGCAACAGCAGCACCUGCUGCAACAGCAGCAGGAGCAUGAACAGCAGCAUGAGCAGCAGCAGCAACUGCAGCAGCAGCAGCAGCAGCAGCAACAGCAACAGCAGCAUCGUGAGCAAGGGGAGACAGGAGACCCGCCAGGGACUUUCUCUCUCCUAGAUGGCCUCUAA